CGUCUUCCGUACACGACGAGUCGACGCUCGCGUGGCCAAUCUGUUCCGUGUUCUUCCGCCAUUACAGCGUAGCGCCGUGGCAGCAUACGCGCCAUUCUCCGGUGAGAGUGCGCGACGCGACGCUUACCGACGCUCGGCGUCGUCGAGCGAGUGAGCGAGCGAGCGGGCGAGCGAGCGGGCGAGCGCUAGCUAGCGAGUGAGUAACCAGCCGCGAAUCGUCGUCGCGAACGGUAUUCGCAGUCGUCGGGUACGCGAGUGUCGCGAACGCGGCCGUACGAGUGAGGAAGGAGGAGGAGAACGAGCCGGAUCGGAGAUUCGGAGCAUUCGACGAGGAGAGGACGCCGGCGGGUAUGGAAGCCAGACCGGCACCGUUGCGCUCGCGGCGCGUCUGCCGAUUCUGCCUAACGGAAUCGGAGCCGCUCAACUUCAUCUACGAGCGCGAUCAUAACAAGCCGUUCCAGGUGCCGCUCACACUGCAGAUCAUGUCGUGCGUCGCCAUCGAGGUAUACGCUGCAGAUGGAAUGCCGCAGAUGAUUUGUACCAUGUGUCGCUGGCACUUGGAUCGUUCGUACAAAUUCAAACUACAAUGCAAGAAAGCCGACGAGGCUUUGAGAGACUACCCUCUGUCAGGGAUGCUGCCUAGACCUCUUCCACCCAUUUCGAACGAUCCACCGACAGAGAUGAGCAACAAGAGAGCCGCUGAAUCUAGAUCGCAGAACGAAACUGCUAAAAAGCCACGCACUGAUAGCGACAGUAGAGACUCUAGACGCGAGACCAGAGAAAGAGAAAGAGAGAGGGAAAGAGAGAGGGAAAGGGACAAAGAGAGACAAGAUGAGAAACAGAGAGAAAAGUCUAGCGAGCUUGAAUUUUACGAAGAGGAACAAGAUGGAGGCAGCGAGAACGAACAGCAGGAAGCGAGCGACACGAAGGAAGAGACGAAAUUGGAACCCGGGGAGAUCAGGGUGCACGCGUGCGAUCAGUGCGAACGGACGUUUCCAUUGCGUCAAGCGCUGAUGUUGCACGUGCAGCGCGCUCAUCGCGACCGCAAUUACAAAUGCACCGAAUGCGAACGACAGUUCUUCACCAAGUACGAUCUUAGCAAGCACAUGAUCACGCACUCGGAGGAAAAACCGUACUCUUGUACAAUCUGUCAGAAGCAAUUUUCACGACUGAAUCUGCUCCAGCGUCACGAGAAAGUUCACCGAGAUGAGACGCGCUACGGUUGCCAACACUGCGACCGUGAGUUCUUUAGCACGGAAGAGCUCGAGAAGCACGAGGAGGCGCACAAAAAGGAAAAGCCGUUCCAAUGCAACAUAUGCAACAAGUGCUUCCAAUAUAAGCAGGGUCUGGAGCGGCACGAGAUGCUACACAGCGACGACAAGACGUUUGUCUGCGAUUACUGCAAGGAGGCCUUCCACACCAGUACCAAGUUGGCCCGACAUCUCACCACGCACGCUGGACAUCGACCGUAUUUGUGUAAGCUCUGCCCGCGCACGUUCCUUUUGUCACAUCAUUUGACUAGACACAUGCGCACGCAUUCCGUAGAGAAGCGUCACGUAUGUGAAGAUUGCGGUAAAGCAUUCAAGCGCAAGGAAAGUCUGGAGGUGCACCAAUUGACGCACACGAAACGCACAGGAAUGGGACUGACCUGCGACGUUUGCCAAGAAUCUUGUCGCAAUCGCGCCGAUUAUGUCACCCACAUUAAGCAGCAUAUUGAGGCGGGCGAGAAGAUGGGUCCAGACGGUUUGCAGCCCGACAGUAAAACUAAAGCUCUCGAGUUGGAUUCGGAUGAAGACGAAGAGGAGGAGGACGACUAUUCGGACGGCGAUGACGACUAUGAGCCUCCAGCCUACAUUGUGAAGAAACUACCAAAGCCAGCUCCGAAGCCAACCGAAGAGAGCGAAGAGGAAGAGGAGGAGGAUGAUGACAAAGAGGACAAGGAGGAGAAAUCAGAGAGACAGGAAAAAGAAGAGCGCAAGGAACAGGUAGUAUUCGUACGUGGCAAGGAUGGCAACAUGGUGAAGAAAACCAUCAAGACGCUGAUGCCGAUUCAACGUCGCGACGUCCAGGAGCAGAAAAUCACGAAACAGAGCAGUCCCGCUUCGUCCUCUCAAUCCAGCUCAAAAGCCAGCGCUACGUCGCAAAUGAAGGAGGAAAGCCCUAAGAGCCGGAUGGACGAGACCGAGGCGCAAGUGCAGAAGAUAAUCGCUACGGUGUUUAAGGAACACAAGCGGGAGCUGAAGCAGAAUGCCGGCAAUCAGGAUCAAUCUAAAGAGGCAGUAGCGCCAGUGACGAGAUCUCAGAGUGUUACUCAGGAUACUCGCAAGGAGAACGAGAAGGCGGAGACGAGUGCGGCGGCAGCGGCGGCAGCGGCGGCAGCGGCGGCAACAUCCACACCAAAGCCCGUCAACACUGUUAAAUUUAUCAAAAGGAUUGUGCUAAGAAAAGCUCCAGGAGGCAGUAGUGAAGGAACUACGGUCAGUACACCCGUUGUCAAGGAGGGUGAAGCUUCCAGCACUCCAGGUACGCAUAAAGUCAAGCGCGUGAUAGUCCGUAGAAUUAUUCGGCAAGGCGAUACUACUCGGGAGGUCAUCAUGAAUCCAGACGGCACCGCGAUAGAUCCCGCGGAGUUGGCCAAGUUACCGACUGGCAAUGUAGUGAAGCGAGUGGUGGUGAAACGGCCGUUCGACAAGAAUCAGAGUUUGGUGCAAACGGUGCUACAGUCAGCGGAGCAGCGUCAGAAAACCACUGACGCUAUCCUCGGCGAGAAAUUUGAGUUGAAGACUUCAACGUCCGGCAGCAGUACCGUUAGCUCGUUAGCACCGAAGAGCUCGCAGAAGAUCGGCCAGGAUCAACAUCAGGAGACCAAGGAGAAGCUGGAAGAACUGGAAAAACAGGUGAAGCAGCAAAGGUUGAAAAUUGAGGAACUUGAAGCGAGAAAGGCACAGCAGGAUUACGAGGCGAUUGACGAGAUGUUGCCAGAGCGACACGACGAGUCCGAGGAUGAACAACAGCUACCGCUUAAGCGAGUGUUUGUUAAACGGAAGCAAAGUAUCUACGAUGAGGAGCGGGAAUACAACGACAACACGGAAACGACCGCUGCGAAGACCGAUCCGACACCAGAAACAAAAGAUGAUACGAAGGAAGACGUUAAGGUUUUCGUGGAGGAAACCUUGGAAAACGUAGAGAAGGAAGUACAGAGCACUUUGAAAACGGCGGCUACUAGUAGCGGCAGUAACAACAGCAAUAGCACUACUACUACUGCUACUGCUACAACUAUUACUACUACCACCACCACUACCGCAAGCAGCACGCCGGUUCCAAAGAAGGGCCCGACAAUCUUCAGCAACAAGGUAUACACGAAUAAGCGCUACAUGAUCGUGAAACCCAGUGAAACGUCUGAAGUAGAAGAGAUGAGCCGUGAGUUGUGCAGCAUCCUCGAGACCACCGACAACGUGGUGAAGAUGCAGGAAACAGUAUUGAGUAACCUCACGCAGAUUUCGGGCAUUGCGACGACAUCGACGUCGUCGGACGUGAAUGCAUCGAGCACGCCUACCAAGUUAAAGACCCUCGACGAGCCAAUGGAGGUCGAUGCGCCGAUAAACCAGGAAUGCAAUGUCAUGGCAAUGGACUGCAAAGUGGAGGAUAUCAAAGAGGAAGAAGGAACGAUGGAAAUAGAAGUUCCACCGGAGACCCAAAUCAAACUGGAUAGUGAUAUAGCGGAGCCGACACAGGUAAUCGUGGUGCAGGAGGAGAACCAGGAAUCCGCCAGCGCUCUAACGCUCGACACUCAAGACCUCUCCGAGACAGCUUCGAUUUUCGAGCCAUCGGAUGACGUGAUGGAGGUGCGGAAGUCGACGGCGAAUUCGUUAGAAGAGUCGGUCAUCGAACUCGCGGAAAGCAAUGAUACUGUCAACUUGAACGAUACCAAUGACAGCCAAGACAGUCUGGAAGACAAGCUCUCGCAGAUGGAGGGUUGAGGAAACAUUGAUCCUUCGUCUUGAGAAUUCUGAAAAUACUGCGGAGAGAUUUAACAAUGAAAAUUCGACUCGAAAUCUGCUAAAAAUUUCCUAAGGACUCUCGCGUGAUUGGUAAUUCGUGUUGGUAUUUAAAACAUUAAUAACUAUCGCAGAGGUUAGUUUCGGACGGUUCGGGACAUUGAUGGUUCUGACCUUAUGCACCUGAUUAUGCUUGUACAAUCGGCAUCGUCCAUGUAACAGCUGCGCUAUCGAAACGGAUAGUAUGUGAUUAUGAGGUAAAUGAUGUAAUACUGCACUCGUAAAAUUAAAUUUACAAGAAUUUUGAAAAACUCAACCUCGGAGUCGAUUGGAAAGCGUUAAUUUUUGCCAAUGCAAAGUAUCAAUAUACUUUACGUAAUUACGUAAUUCGAGUUUAAUUACUACGAAAUUCUAAAUGUCUUUUUAUUAAAUCGUUACAGGAACAUUAAAUUUCUCUCGAAUUCUUUUUCAUUUUGUAAUAUUAUUAUUUCCACUUUAAUCGUCGCUAUUAUAAAAUGUAGUAUGUAAUUAUUAUAUAUAAUAUGUAAUCUUACGAGACCUCUGAAAUACUGAUAUGAAUUUACCCGAAAUAAUUAAACAUUAUAAAAGUGGAACGGUAAAACUGAACAGAUUUUUAAGGACGCUUCUAUAAGAAAAGAUCUCAUCGCGUUUCUCUCAUUUCAAUACGUGCAUUUUUAUGAUUAGGUCACUUCGAUCAUAUCUUUGAGCUUUGUGAUCGGAAGGCGGGCGGAAGAGGAUGUUGUGUCAAUCUUGUCUCAAGAUUAUAACGAGAUUUCCUCACAUCUCUUUGAUUUUACUACUCGAGAAACAUAGAAAUGAUUUGUUGGCUUAAGUCGAUUCCUUGUAUCGAGAAUGGCGAAAGUUUAUUAUUUAUACUAUUUAAUCCAUGUCGGGAGAGAUCUACCACAAAAGGCUUUAUUUACAAAUUUUUAUAAUUGUAAUAACACUCUUUUUGCAACAAGAGAGCAUAAUUUGAAAAAUCUCCAUUCGUUAUCAUUCUGUGCUAUAUAUUUGGAUGUAUGUUCAAAAUUGUUUUACGUGUCUGGCUUCUCGAAAUAAAAAUUAUUUCCUGCAUUAGAAAGAAUUCUAAUCAGACUUGAUCGCGAUGAUUUGGCCUUUGCCUCGAGUACUAUUAUUCGAUUUAGCACAUCUGCAAUGAUACAUUUGUAAAUAUAGAGAUAGUCACCGGGGUGAUUUUAUUGGCUCCGACUUGCGAACUAAUUCACAGCCGUGACAAAUAUGUACAUACAAUCCCCUGGUGACUUCUUAUUUUCCACAUGUUUGCCUUCGUUGACGUAGGAAUUUCAUGAUUUUCCGAUCGCGCAAUCGUCGGCUUCGUCUUCUCUUUUAGCAUUAAGCGUCAACGUGCAGUCCGGGCUAGUUGCACCAAUUGUUCGCUCCUCUCUUCUCUCUCUCUUUGCGAUCGACUUGAAUCAACUUUUUUGUUCUUCGAAACAAUUACUCAAAAUUAAUUGUAAAGCAAAAUUCUUUAAUUUAUGUAACAGGGCAAUGAAAACUUGGGUCGCGGGUGAUCGUGUACAAUGUAAUUAAAUUAUAUUUAAUAAACUGAAUUACAGUAAUACAAAUGUAACAAUAUUUCACAAGCACGUGUCAAAAGUUUCUGAUAUUACUUUAGUUCAAUAUCAGUGGCUGUAUCAUAAGAAUUUAUAGUUACUCGCGUUAACAAGGCGCUACAUUACAGAAAACUUUUCUAUAAUUAGAGAUUUGUUACAUUAUAAUAACAUAUUCAGCGACUGCCUGCGAUCUGAGAGUCUUUAAUGAAAUAUUUUUAUUAAUUUAUACAUCUUACUUAUUUAAUUUAGUAUGUGUAAUUACAUUAUUUUAAUAGUAUAUUUUGACAAUAUAUUUAAUUAUAUUAUACAUAUAUAUAUAUAUAUAUAUAUAUAGUUUUAUAUUAUAAUUCUUGAAACAUGAUGGGGAAAGUUUAAGUCAACUUUAAUUUAACAUUAAUUGAAAUUAAUUGAAGUUAACAUGAUUCAUGCUAACUGGAAGCAAUUGGUCCAGACUGCCGAUUGAUUCAUUUUCUUUGCAUCUAUUUUCUUGCUUUUGAAAAAGCAAGAGUCAGAUUAUUACAAUUACGUUGCUAUAAUUUUAUUUUUCGAUGGCCUUGUUGGUGCAACGGACUCUGAUUGUGUAAGUCAAACAUAUUAUACAAUGCUGGGAACAUAAGAAUUAUUUACGCGCGGAACACGGAAGUCAACGUUUCUCAAUAGUUGACACUUUCAUCAAGUAACACGAAGGAUACAUCAUUUUGCAUACAUAUCCGUCACGUUUUGCAUGUCCAGUAUAUCCAAUAAUGAUCUGUUUUCAUUAACUCUGUCUUGUUUCACUUCAGCUUAUUAUUUUUAAUGUAAGAGGUAAUGUUCCUUCGUGUUCUUGGCGCGCUUUCUAAUUGCCAGCGGCAGAUCGGUAUCAAUGACAUCGGUGAUCUCUUCUGCCACUGGCAAAUGUUCUGAACAUCGCAAGAAACGCGAACUUUCGUGUUUCGUGGGAUGAGCUAUAUACAUAGAUACGUACGCUUAUAUGCAGUAAUCAUAUUCAGAAUUAUUUCCUUAAUUAUUAGUUAACGAAGAAGAUAACACAUAGAAUAUCCAAUAUUCUGCAAGAUAUUUGCAAGAUAAAAUAUUAUGAAAUACAAAGUAUGGUGUGUAAGUGUAAA